GCGUGGAUGUGGAAAGAUGCUAAUUCGUCCUGGGAUUCUGCCAUCUGAUCUGCUGCUAACGUUAGCCACGUUAAUGCUAUUAACCACCACUUCUCAGAUUGCUUUUUAUGGCAGCGUCUAAUAUGUCCACGGCGUUUACUAAACUGUAUCACAUAGUCGUAAAAGACUUCAAUGUCAUCAGUCCACGAGUCAUUUGCGCUCGGAGGGCAAAUGUUUCUCUCCAGGAGGACCCUUUCCUGUAUGGCUCGGAGCACAAUGGUUGGCUGCCAUCUGCCUGGACCUACCCAAUCCUAGCCCUGUCACUUUCUGAGUGGACAGCUUUUGUGAAGAGCGUUUCAUUGCCACGGUUGCCAUGACUUAAACACUGCUCAUUCAGACAUGGAGAAAAAGAAAACAUGUUCCCGCCUUCUGGACUACCUGGUGGUAGUUGGAGCCAGGCAGCCCAGUAGCGACAGCGUGGCCCAGACACCCCAGCUGCUGAGGCGCUAUCCGCUGGAGGACCACGCUGACUUUCCCCUGCCGCCCGAUGUGGUGUUCUUCUGCCAGCCCGAGGGCUGCUUGAGCGUGCGCCAGCGGCGCGUCAGCCUCCGCGACGACUCCUCCUUCGUCUUCACACUCACCGACAAGGACUCUGGCGUCACGCGCUACGGGAUCUGCGUCAACUUCUACCGCUCCUUCCAGAGGGGCCACCACCGCCCGCGGGCAGAGGGCAAAGAAAAGCCCCUGCCAGCCGACGCCACAGUGGAGGCCCCGGAGAAGACCGACCCCUCGUCGCUGUACCUCUCGGACGACUCCACGGCGGCAGGGGCGGGUGAUGCAGGAGGCGGCGGCCGCUCGCCCCGGCCCAGGCGCACCCGGGCAGCGGCGCGGAACCGCAACAGCACACUGACGUCGCUGUGCAUGCUCAGCCACCACCCGUUCUUCUCCACCUUUCGCGAGUGCCUCUACCUCCUCAAGCGCAUGGUGGACUGCUGCAGCCAUCGCCUCAACCAGAGGGCCGGAGCGGCCAAGGCCAUGCAGCGGGAUGCCAUGUGGCGUGUGUUCAUCGGCGCCCUCUCUGUGGAGGAGAAGGAGAAGGGCAGUCAGCUCCUGCACGAUCUGCGGGAGAUUGAGUCGUGGGUGUACCGCCUGCUGCGCUCACCCGUGCCGCUGGCGGGGGCUCGGCGCGUCGACGUGGAGGUGCUGCCCCCCGAGCUGCAGCCGGCGCUCACCUUCGCCCUGCCCGACUCCUCGCGCUUUGGCCUGGUGGACUUCCCUCUGCACCUGCCUCUGGAGCUGCUGGGCGUCGACGCCUGCCUGCAGGUGCUCGGCUGCAUCCUGCUGGAGCAUAAGGUCGUACUGCAAUCUCGGGAUUACAACGCGCUCUCUAUGAGCGUGAUGGCGUUUGUGGCCAUGAUCUACCCUCUGGAGUACAUGUUCCCAGUCAUCCCCCUGUUGCCAACCUGCAUGGCGUCAGCCGAACAGCUCCUGCUGGCUCCUACUCCAUACAUUAUCGGCGUGCCCGCCAGUUUCUUCCUCUACAAGGCCGACUUUAAGAUGCCGGACGAUGUUUGGCUGGUGGAUUUGGACUGCAACAAGGUCAUUGCUCCUAGCAACGCUGAAAUACUCCCACCUUUACCUGAGCCGGAGGCCUCAGAGCUGAAGAAGCACCUGAAGCAGCAUUCGGAGUGUCUGGUUAGGUUGACUGUGAUCACCCAAAAACAGAUCUUCGCUACAGACUCCAAGGCUCUGGCUAGUAUGAGUUUGAACACUCAGCCCAUUCUAAACCUGGAGAAGUUCCAGGAGGGCCAGGACCUGCCCCUUAUCCCCCCUGGCCGGGAGAAGUCGUCCCCUUCCUCCACCGAGUUUAAUCCCCUCAUCUACGGAAAUGACGUAGACUCAGUGGAUGUGGCCACAAGGGUGGCGAUGGUGAGGUUCUUCAACUCCUCCAACAUGCUGCAGAGCUUCCAGCUGCACACGCGCACCCUGCGGCUCUUCCCGCGGCCUGUGGUGGCCUUCCAGGCCACGUCCUUCCUGGCCUCUCGCCCGCGCCGCACAGCCUUCACCGAGAAGCUCUCGCACACGCAGGCCGUGGAAUACUAUGGCGAGUGGGCCCUGAACCCCACUAACUUGGCCUUCCAGAGGAUCCAGAACAAUGUGUAUGACCCUUCCCUAAUAGGUGAUAAGCCUAAGUGGUAUGCUCACCAGUUGCAGCCUGUGUUCUACCGCGUGUAUGAUGGCAACUCGCAGCUUGCUGAGGCCAUUAGUGGCCCACUGGAGGAUGAAACGAACGACUCAGACCCUACAGACGACAGUGGCAGUGACAGCGAGGCGUACGACGACUCCAGCUCCUCCUACUCCUCACUCGGAGAUUUCGUGAAUGAGAUGAUCAAAGGGGACAUACAGGGUGACACACCAAAUGUGGACCCCUUGACACACGCGGCACUGGAGGAUGCCAACGAGGUGGAGAUCCGCGACUUGCAGGAGUUUAAGGGGGAGGCUGGUGAGCGCAUGCCCGAAUCGGAGGCCCUCCCAGAGGCGGACAGCCAGCCACUGCGCUCCAGCUCCAGUACCACAGCCAGCUCCAGCCCCAGCACAGUCAUCCAGGGAGUCAAUCACGAGCAGGCAGAGCCUGUUGAGAUGGAGGCAUCAGCUAGUGUGGCUCUGCAGAAUUCCAUUCCUGGAUUGGUUCCCCCACCGUUCACAAGACCCGCCCCAGAGGCGGCCCCUGUGGACUCAGCCAAUAAGAAGCGGGAGUAUGACAACCCGUAUUUUGAGCCCCAGUAUGGCUUUCCUACAGAAGAGGAGGCUGACAGUGAAGAACAAGAAGAGAGCUACACACCACGCUUCAACCAGAAUAUCAACGGAAACAAGCCAUCUCGCCCGCUGAGGCCAAGCAGCCUGAGGCUGCCGGGUGAGUCGGACGGUGAGGGCGAUUCCAAAAACAGCUCCCCCAACUCCAGUGUGUCCAACAACAGUAGCGACGGCUUCGGAGGACUCAUGUCUUUUGCCAGUAACCUGUACAAGAACCAUGGCACCAGCUUCAGCCUGUCCAGCCUGGCUCUGCCUAACAAAGCAACCAGGGAGAAGAACACCCCCUUCCCCAGCCUUAAAGUAUUUGGGCUAAAUUCUCUAAUGGAGAUUAUAACAGAGGUCGGCCCGGGGAGCGGAGAAGGCGGCCGAGCACCUCGUGCGCUGGUGGAUCAGAAGUCCUCCGUGAUAAAGCACAGCCCCACAGUAAAGAGAGAGCCUCCGUCACCACAAGGCCGCGCUAGCAACACCAGCGAGAACCAGCAGUUCCUGAAGGAGGUGGUGCAGAGUGUGCUGGAUGGCCAGGGUGUCGGCUGGCUCAACAUGAAGAAAGUGCGCCGCCUGCUGGAGAAUGAGCAGCUGCGCGUCUUCGUGCUCAGCAAGCUCAACCGCGCCGUCCAGUCGGAGGAGGACGCCCGGCACGAGCUCAUUCCGGACGUGGAGAUUAGCAGGAAGGUGUAUAAAGGUAUGCUGGACCUGUUGAAAUGCACAGUCUCCAGUCUAGAGCACUCCUACACUAACGCGGGUCUGGGAGGCAUGGCAAGCGUCUUCAGUCUGUUAGAGAUAGCGCGGACCCACUACCAAACCAAAGAGCCUGAGAAGCGAAAGCGGAGUCCCACGGAUGGGGCAAGCAGUCCGAGCAGCAAGGAGAGCCCGUCUGUCCGUGUGGAGAGCGCCAGGGCGGCAGGCGUGCUCCUGGUGCCCAGGAUUCAGCUGCCACCCCCUUCCUCCGGGAAAGGGGCGCACCAGUUUGACACCCGGAGUCUGAACGAAGAGAAUUUUAUUGCUUCUAUUGAAUUGUGGAGCAAGCACCAGGAUAACAGAAAGCAAAAAGCUAUGGAAAAAGAACAGAGUGCUGACGGGGCAAAGCAUCGCCCAGAACGGGGCGACACCGAGGAGAAGAAAUCCCAGAUCAGUGCAGACAGCGGCCUCAGCGUGACCUCGGGCUCUCAGAAGAGCGACACUGAGUCGGUGGCAAGCUCGGAGCCUCCAGCGCUGACCAGGAGCACCAGUCAGGACUCUGAGGCUAGCACAGUGGUGAGCAACAGCUCAGGCGAAACUCUGGGUGCAGACAGUGACCUGAGCAGCACGGCGGGAGACGGGCUGGCUGGCCGGCCCUCGCCACACCUCGCGCAGUCCCGCGGAACCCUGUCAGACAGCGAGAUCGAGACCAAUCCUGCCACCAGCUCUGUGUUUGGAAAAACCCAUAAGCUGAAGAUGGGUGUGAAGGAGCCUGUUGGGGGUGUGGCUAAGGGAGCCCUUGCCCCACCCCUUGAAGAUGUUAGCAUGAGAAUCUACCUGUGUGAGGGGCUGCUGGGGAGGGAUAAGAGCUCAGUGUGGGAUCAACUGGAGGACGCUGCCAUGGAAACCUUCUCUCUGAGUAAGGAGCGCUCGACUCUGUGGGACCAACCACAGUUCUGGGAGGAUGCAUUCUUGGAUGCGGUGAUGCUUGAGAGAGAGGGAAUGGGGAUGGACCAGGGCCCACAGGAGAUGAUUGACAGGUACUUGUCACUUGGCGAACAUGAUCGCAAGAGGCUGGAGGAUGACGAGGACAGAUUGUUAGCCACCCUGCUGCACAACAUGAUCGCCUACAUGCUGAUGAUGAAGGUGAACAAGAGCGACAUCAGGAAGAAGGUCCGCCGCCUGAUGGGCAAGUCUCACAUCGGCCUGACGUACAGCCAGGAGAUCAACGAGGUCCUGGACAGGCUCGCCCAGCUGAGCGGGAGGGAGCUUCCCAUAAGGCCGAGCGGCAGCCGGCACAUAAAGAAGCAGACCUUUGUGGUGCAUGCUGGGACUGACACCACGGGGGACAUCUUUUUUAUGGAGGUGUGUGAUGACUGCAUCGUACUGCGUAGUAACAUCGGCACCGUGUAUGAGCGCUGGUGGUAUGAGAAGCUGAUCAAUAUGACCUACUGCCCCAAGACCAAAGUGUUGUGUCUGUGGAGGAGAAACGGUCAGGAGACCCAACUCAACAAGUUCUACACCAAGAAGUGUCGGGAACUGUACUACUGUGUCAAAGACAGCAUGGAGCGUGCAGCAGCACGGCAGCAAAGCAUAAAACCAGGUCCAGAAUUAGGGGGAGAGUUCCCUGUGCAGGAUAUGAAGACAGGGGAGGGAGGUCUCCUGCAGGUCACCCUUGAGGGAAUCAACCUCAAAUUCAUGCACAGCCAGGAGCGGAAGGUUUUCAUAGAGCUGAAUCACAUUAAAAAGUGCAAUACAGUGAAGGGAGUCUUUGUCCUGGAGGAAUUUGUUCCUGAAACUAAAGAAGUGGUGAUCCACAAGUACAAGACUCCCAUGGCUCAUCAGAUCUGUUACUCCGUGCUGUGUCUGUUCUCCUACAUGGCUGCGGUGAGGGGGAAGGAGGCCGAGGGCAAGCCCAAGAUGCUGUCCCCCCGCCCGCUGCCCAGCUAGUGCACACUCUUCCGGCCACCAUAUGUUACUCCGUACGGCCCCGUCUUAGCUAAAGCGUAGCCUGGCUUCCGGCUUGCCGACCCAGGGCUCGAGCUGCUAGCUCACUCGCUCCCUGCAUCUGGAUCACCUGCACCCAGUGCCCAUCACUGCCCUUAAAGUGUUUUGUCUGGUACCCAGAUGAGUAAACAUGCCCUUAUCACUUUGCUGCUUUUGAGCUUUGGCCCUUGACCUUGUGAAUGAUCCACACUCCCCACUGUCCAAACAUCCUUACAUGUCCGCUUCCUCACCAUGGGAACGCUAACCAUGUAGGCAGCUAUUUGCCAGCCUCCUUGUUUUCCUGCCUCCGGUGUGUGUAUACGUGCCGCUGGGGCCCUCGCAUGUGCUCAGAGGUGUGUGUGCUUGCAGCCCAGUCGGAUCAGCACCAGAAUGCCCAGGCGCGUAACCUCUGUCCAGGCAAAGCUCUCUGCCCCGUCCCCUGACCUGCCCUGGUGACCAUCAUUCCAGAGACUCUAAUUAGUUAUUCUAUGUGCUCAGUGGUACCGUAACCUCCAGUGUGUCCUGUCUCAAGGCUGAUGAAACAUUUAUCACGUGCCGCACUGUGCAGCUCUCUCUCGAGUGUGUGAGUGUGUGUGUGUGUGUGUGUGUGUGUGUGUGUGUGUGUGUGUGUAUACACAUGUACAUGGGUGUGUCACUGCAGCAGGUCACCGGGGGUACUCAUUUAAGUAUUUCUUCAGCCCACUCCACAUGCUCAAAGUGGUCCAAAAUGUGCGUAAUGCUUUAGCUUUGCUCCCAGCCCACUAGUUCUACUGUAAAACUCUUGUCUGUAAAUCGCUGUGAUUGACUGCAUGUUGCUGUAAGGGGAAUAACAAACAAACAAAACAAAAAAAGCAAAAAAACAAAAAAAAUAAACAAAAAAAAAAAUUUAAUAAUGUUUAAAAACAAUUUUGCUGUAAAUUACACUGGAGCAAUGUUUGGGGGGAAAAAAAAGUUCUAAAACAAACUGUGGUUUGUUGAGUAGCUGUGCAAUACAAUAGUGGGUUGUGAAGAACAAGACCUUACAACUGAGGAAGGGCUGAGGGAGUGGAUGUGUUCAGAGAUAUUUCUGAACCAUACACAGAGGCAUUAUUGAGUGUCUGAAAGCUGAAGAAACAGCUGUGUUUGGAGAUCUCUUGUGUUCACAUCUGUUAAGACUACUGAUGUCCUGCUGUCAAAUCACUGUUUGAGGGGAAAUAUGUAAUUUGAAAAGGAAAAAAAAAAAAAAACAGCCAGUUUAACCUAUCCCUUUUUUGCGUGUGUGUGUGUGUGUGUGUGUGUGUGUGUGUGUGAGAACUCAUGGAUAAGUUUGUGUUAUGGCAUCUAUGUCAUAGAUUUUAAUGUCCUGUUGUGUUCCUCUGCUUUUAAACAGAUACCCAUUUGAGUGUGUAUGUAAGAAAUUGCUAGUGUGCUUCUCCAUGAAAAGUAAUCGUUUUUAGAUGGUUGUCGAGGCCUCGCUGUGUGUAGUUGUAAAUAGAACAAGACUGAUUGGCCAGGUCAGUGUCUCCAAAGACAGAUGUUUUGAAUUGGUGUGUGCUGAGUGAAAAUCAGACGCCAUAGCGUUUGGGCUUGCCUGCUCUUUUCAUUCUGUUCCAACUACUUACUGCUGAGAACAAGAGGGAAAGAAAGAUGAAGGAGAGGAAAAGAGCUAAUGGAUGUAAAUAUUUCAGUGUUUAAAAAGUAUUUAUAGAACCUGUACAGCUUUGGCAAUAUGAUAAUAAAAGAUGUCCAACCCAAA